CCCGGGCUGAAGAUAGGACCCUGGAUCCCCAGCUCUACAGCCCUUCUAAGGGCUGUAGAGCUCAGUGAGGCCAGUGGUCAGGGGGAGAAUAGGUCCCAGAUAGACAGGACCCUGGAUCCAAGCUCUACAGCCCUUCUAAGGGCUGUAGAGCUCAGUGAGGCCAGUGGUCAGGGGGAGAAUAGGUCCCAGAUAGACAGGACCCUGGAUCCAAGCUCUACAGCCCUUCUAAGGGCUGGGGCUCAGUGAAACCAGUGGUCCAGACCCACAGACCGAGUGGUCGGGUCAAUUAGCCUCCCCUAGGUCCCAGUCUGAGGACGUUAGGCUAGCGGGUCACCAGUGAUAGGUCCCUCUGAGUCCAGAGGCCAUACCUCCCUAGGUAUCGGGUAAGGAGGACCGUCAUACCCCUUGUGUGUUAGGGACCGUGACGCAAAGAAAGACAAUAAAUAUAGUGUGCCCCAUAAAGAAGUUUAUUCGUCAAUAUUUGAACACUAUACAUGCAAUUGCGCGUUUAAGAAUAAAUUAUUUUCGAUUUGUAGGUAAUUGGUUUACGUAAUCCCUACGACACCCGCGAUACAAAAGCGGCAACAAAGUCUAUCCGCGCCAGGAUGGUAAUUGUACUUGAUGUUUGAAUUCCAUCGCGACGCCCGACCCAGAAUAAUGACCUCGAUUCGUGGUCUCGAAUGGUGUACAGGCGAGCGUGGAGGGGAGCCUGGGGAUUGUGUCUGUGAUUGCCCGAGACAGAAAUCCACGUGUACAACCAGCUCUGCCUUGCCAGUGGCUGUCCUCCUUGUGCCGCACGUUAGGGGCUUACUCACGUUAGGGGCUUACGAAUGUGAUCAAUCUCUGCGUGAUCCACUAACCCUGACUGCAUGUCGCUAAUAUGACCGGUGCCGCGUCAAGUUCACGCUGUUAACCAGCCUCCUCCUUCUUCUCCUACUCCUCCUCCUUCCCGACUCUGACGUUCGCUCUUGGGGGGGGGGGGGGGGAAGUUUGUUGCGGGGCCGGCACAUCCAUCAUGUAUUCACGGCUCCGGCGAUGGGCGCCUACCCUGGAAUGAUCGCCGUCUUCCUCCUCGUGUACUCCAGGAUCGCCGCGGUGCGCUGCCAAGAUGCCGCUUGCUGUUACCAGGCCCGGGAGUAUCCCAUCUGCCGGGAGGCAUGUGAACAGCUCACAUCAACCAAGAGCGACUCCAGGCUGAGGCAUCUGCUGCACCGGCUGCCAGGCUACUGCCCUGACUCCAUGAUUGGAUUCUGGGACUGCAUUAAUUCCACGCUGCCUGGAGUGCAGAGGAAGCCGGAGGGCUGGGUGGGGCUAGGAUGCUGCGAGUUGGCCAUCGCUAAUGAGUGCAGGCGAGCCUGCCGCCAGGCAUCAGCCAAAAGCGGCAUCAGCUCGCAGUGCAGGAAAGAGUAUGAGACUGCUUUGUACAACUGUGUCAAUCGCAAUGAGAUGGGCUCCUUGUGCUGCAGCCACGCGGGGCGCCACACCAACUGCCGGGAGUACUGCCAGGCCAUCUUCCGCACAGACUCGGCACCAACUCCCAACCAGAUCCGCACGGUCGAGAACUACUGCAGUGUCGCGAGCCCCGCGGUCGUGCGCUGCUUCGACAACUACACACAGUCCUACCCCGCGCGCAACCCCCUCGACAGCCUCCACUGCUGCGAGCGCGCGGCGGACUCGAAGUGCGAGGCGGCAUGCCGCCGUGUGCUCGUCACCAUCGCGUCGGAGCAGGAGAUGGUGGAGGGCCUCAUCGAGGGCUGCGGCCGGCAGCCUCUGCCACAGGACCCGCUCUGGCAGUGCUUUCUGGAGGGCGCCGACACGGGGGGCGGCCGGCGGCGUGCGGGCGGCGGCGGCGGUGCGCAGGACGCGGCCUCCUCACCCACGGGCCUGGAUGGAGCCAAGCUGCAGUGCUGCUCGCGAGCCAAUUCCCCGCACUGCAGGGAUCUAUGCGUUGGACUCUUCAGCAUGAGCUGGGGUAGUGCCCAGAGCUGGCAGGAGUUUGAGCGGGAGUGUGAGUACCGACUCCAGGAGCCAUCCAUGAUGGGCUGCCUUGCGGACGUGCGAGAGCCGUGCCAGCUGGGCUGUCGGGACCUCAACUACUGCACCAACUUUAACAACAGGCCGACGGAGCUGUUCCGUGGAUGCAACGCGCAGGCUGACCAGGGUGCACUCAAUGACAUCCGCCUGUGGGAGCGCGGCACCAUCCAGAUGCCCUUCCUCAUCAUUCCCGUCAAGGACAUUCGCCGCUGCCAGCCCGAAACGUGGAAGGCCAUCGCAUGUGUGCUGCAGAUCAAGCCGUGCCUCGGUAGCUCUCCUGUUGCCAUCAUAUGCAGGUCUGACUGUGUGGACAUCUUGGAGCAGUGUGGGGACAUGGACCGCUUUCCUGCCGGACACUCGGCUGACACAAUCUGCGACAUCCUCUCGCCCACAGAUGAGCCGGAACAAUGUAUCCCUCUCUCACGCUACCUUACCCCAGGAUCCAUCAACAACGGUGGUGGCGGCAGCAGUGGCGGUGGGGGCAAAGGUUGGGGGCCGGGGGGGUCUGACAGUGGUGGGGUCUUGUCUGGAGUCAGCUCUGAGGAGGUGGUCCACCCGUGCAACCCCAACCCGUGUCCCACGAGUCACCUGUGUGAGGUGAACCGCAAGGGCUGCACGCCGGGUCAGGACUGUCUGCCCUACCUGUGCGUACCAGGCUGCAAGCUAGGAGAGGCAUCUGACUUCCUUGUGCGGAAGGACAGUAUGGUGCGGGUGCCGGUGGCCUCGGGCGAGGUCGGUUGCUACCGCCUGUGCUCGUGCGGGACAAGCGGGCGACUCGAGGACUGCGCCGAGACUCCCUGCCUCGACACUCGCUCCUGCAUCGUCGGGGGACAGCGCAAGAGCCACGGCACACACUUCCGAGUGGACUGCAACGUCUGCUCCUGCUUCGCUGGCGAGCUGAGCUGUUCCGUGCGCCAGUGCCUAAGUGGAGAGAGCAGUGAGGAGGAUCGCCGGCGCUUCACAGGCCUGCCGUGUAACUGUGCCGACCAGUUUGUGCCCGUGUGCGCCAUCAAUGGACGCACGUACCCCAAUGCAUGCAUUGCCCGCUGCACCGGCCUUCAGGACAGUGAGAUCGAGUAUGGAACGUGUGCUACCCGCGACCCCUGCAGCCCCAGCCCCUGCCCGUCCGGCCAGCGGUGCGUGCCGACGCGCAGGGUGUGCCUGAGCUCGCUAGAGCAGUUCAGCUGCGAGCAGUUUGAGUGUCUCUCCCGGCAACCGGCCUGUGAGGGGCAACCCCAGGAGCCUGCGUGCGACACCACCAACACGGAGCACCCGUCCCUGUGUGCCCUCUACGUACGAGGGCGUUCCCUGGCCUACACCGGACCGUGCCAAAGCAUGUGUGGGCCGCCCUCAAGGCUGGUGUGUGGGCACGAUGGCGAGUCGUACGCGAGUGUGUGCACGGCCUACUCGGAGCGCGUGGCCGUCGACUACGCGGGUCCCUGCCAGGCGGUGGGGCUGCUGUCGCACCACGUCGCAUCGCCCGAAUGCGACGCUGUCACCUGCCCGGCUCUCCCCGUCGCCAGCUGCAAGCCCAUCACUCCGCCAGGGGCUUGCUGUCCAAUAUGUGCUGGGAUGAUGAGAAUCCUUUGGAGUAAGGAGCAGGUUGACAUAUUGGCCAGAACGGCCAACCGUGGCCCAAUCACGGUGAGCGACAUCGUGCACGGGCUGCGGCUUCACGUCUCCGUGCCGCAGUGUGACGUCUUCGGUUACCUGAGCAUCGAGACUGACAUCAUCAUCCUGGUGCUUCCUGUUGACCUCAAGCCCACCGCUUUGCAGAUUGAAGCAUGCAGCAAAGAGGCUGAGAAAAUCGGAGUGCUCAUCAACUCGGGCAGUCCAGUGCUGGUGUCUCACGUGCCCCUCUCGGCUCUCACCAACGCCCAGGUGUACGUGUCCACAGGUGGCGUGUCAGGCGUCUCCCCUCCUCCCACAGGCCCCAGCUUUGUUCUCCUCCUGGGUGUGCUCAUGGUCACUUGUCACAGGGUGUUGUGCUCCUGAAUUGGUAGCAGAAUGUUGCAAAAAAAUGUGUCAUGCUGAGGACCAUUUUUUUUUAAUGAACUUACCGAGGUCCUCGGGAACCACACCCAUAUCUUCUCUUUCCGAGGUUGAACUCCUGUCGUGUACUAAGCACUACGCAAUAUGGAUGUGGCAACAUGGAUCCAUUUCAUUAUGUCACAUAUUGCUCACCAAGUCGAUCGCUUUCUAACAUUUUCAAAGAGAUAACAAGUGCGUUAUAAAUGUAGGCAUAUCGUGGCGAUUAUUAGUAAUGCAACCAUGCUUAUCAGGAAGCACUGAUGAAUAGACAUUGUAAAUGCAGUGAGUAAAUUCCUGUUGUAAUUGUUUCUUGCGAAAGGCUAUUGUCAACAAGAUAUACGUGAAUUGUGCCGAAGCAUGGCCUCUCUGAACAAACGUUACCCCCACGAUACACCUUCUGUGAUCAAGAUGCAGUUCUACUUAGUUUUGAAGAGGUCAUUUUAUUUUGUAGCUACACAGGACAAUAAUUGGAUAGGAUCUGGGAUGUCUAUACACAUUUAAAUCAAGCGUGGGAGCAAUUGGGUAUACGUUUUAUAUCGGUCAGGCAAUGUUAUUCCUGAUAUAUCUGCCACGCAAAUGGUGUUUUCCUUUAUCAGCGAAAAUAAGCUGCAUGUCCUGUAGUUUGUCUAUUCAUAUGCAUUUCCUUUCUCCUAUCUUACAUUACAUAUUUACAAUUCAACCUUAAUGAAAAUAUUUGCAGUGUCUGAUUAUGGGAUAUCAAACAAUGCUAACCUAAUUUGCACUUGUUGCUAAGAGGUUAUUUUUGUGAAGAAUUUGUGCCAAAUCAAAUUAAAAUGAAACUUCGUGUGCAUUGCACUUACUUUAGAAAUGAUCAAAGGAUAUAAAUAAAUUAAAUUAGUAUUUUACAAAAAAAGUCCAUCAAGAAAAGGUUUCAUUUAUUAUUUGACACAUUUUUAUAUUUUGUCUUUUCACAUUAUUUUCUUCAAUCGGCCAUUAUUUACUUUGAUAGGGAGAAUAUUAUCACAGCAUUUUACAGAUGGUUUUGUUUGAUACAGAUGGCACCUCAUGCUUGAUUAUGUAAAGUUGGUUAAACCAAGUGGAUGUCCUUCAAGUUUGUGCUUCAAAAAUUCUCAAAAUGUUUUUUUUUUACUUUACUUAUAUGAUGCAAUAACUUGCAUAUGAAAACACAAACACGAUGUUUCUGAUGACUGGAUGCAGUGUACAAUAAUAAAUGCUUUAUUUUUUUUGUAACGGUUUAAAACAUUUUAGAUACCAAAAAAAAAACCCAUAUAAUAUAUGUAUGGUUAUAUACUUAUACGUCUAUACAAAUGUAUAUUUGACAUUUUAUUAAACAUUUUAGUAUUUUAAGUCUCGUGCUAUGCAUAACAAGAGACAGUGAAGGAAAUUACGGUGUGUUAAUGAAGGGUAUCGUGCAUGACAGGGCUAUUCCAAGUAAUACGACGAACAGUGGAGAUUCAGCAAUACAGCGGCUCAGACUGGCCAUGCUGCUCUCACAAGUUAAUGCCACUCGCUUGCAAAUGACCCUGACGGAAGUUCCACGAAACAUGUAAACAAAACAAAAAUAUGUUAGCCCUUGUGUUGCAUACACACGACAGACAGCGCAGUGAUGGCUGUACAGUGUCGGUUUUCCAAAGUACAACAUAUAAAAUUACGAAUGUUGAAUGUCUCCUAAAGUCACGUUGGUGGUAAAACGUGCUUAUAUUUCUGGUUGUCGACAGUAAACCCUGCGGGUGUGAUAGUUUAUAUAUAUGGUCUCAGGUAGCUGUGUGGCAAUUGGUGCUGUUCUGCACCAAUUAAAAAUGAAUGCCACUUAUCUGUAAAUGUCACCAUGAAAUGCAUAGGAUAGGCGGUGCGUGACAAUCAGUGUAGAUAAGUAUCCUGUUAAACCCCAGUUUUUUGACCAGCAAACUUACAGCAUACUUAGUAGAUUUGGACACACUGUUCACUGGCCAAUGUGCUAUAAUUGAAUGUUGCGCUUUAAACAAUCAUAGCGAGGUGUGUUGGUUUAAUUUUCCAGUAAGCGGAGAUACACCGAGCGUGUAUUGAAGUAAUACAUGGUACAAGGCUGUCGUACAAUUAAGGUGCCACGUUAAUGCCCCUUGUCGAAUGCUGAUUUUUUAAAAAUAUAGUUGUGUACAUUACAUAUGUACAUCACAUAUGCAGCGGGCAUGUGUGUGGACAAAUUUGGGACAAUCAUCUUCAAAAUUGUACGUGUGCAAUGGCACCAUUCACCAUGAUGUUGAUUGAAAUGACAAUGCAGUCCGUUUUUCGAUGUGCUUUCGGGUUGUACAACAUGUUAUUCAGUAUGAUGUCUGAUGUUUCGCUCGACAUUGGCGGUUUUUGAUUAGGACCUGAUCCCGAACAACACCCAGUACCACACAUCAGAGAGCUGUAUAGCGCAAUUGCAAAAGCUACGCAGUAGCAUUGCAGUACGUUGUCUAAUGCACCUCAUGACAAGCAAGGCGAACCAAAGAGAGCAGUUCUGUGCUUGGUGAGCAUUCGCCAGUGUCCUUGUCAAUGUAAAUAUUGCGAACAGGAGACGACUGUCAUGGUCUGUGUAAUGAAUGAAUAAUGUUCUGUCUAAUAUAGAUAAAGCCACAUUUUCAUUGGCGCCGUCGUUGAAGUAAUGCAUUCUGGAAACAAAACACCAAGCAAAUUCAUUUUUAGUUGAUAAAACAAAACCAGUUUUCACAUCUUGGGGAGAAACUGACAACUUCCCCCUUUGGUAAGUAACGGAGACAUUGGCCGUUUUUUUUUCAAAAGCUGUAUACUUUCAGGAUGCUGUAUUUUUCAAAGCAGCACUGUAAACAAAAAUAUACACAACAGUUAAAUCUGCUGAUCUCAAUUUACAGUUAUAUUAGGGUCUACAAUAGCGAAAAUAAACCUCCAUUUGUCUCUCCACAUAAAAUAAAUGUAUUUUUUACUAACUUUUUGCUUAUUCAAAUAUUUAUUUUCAAAUACUUAUUUGAAGAAGCACACUGCAGCUCACAUUUAUUAAAUUACCUUAAAAUCUUUAUAAAUGGUCUUGUAUAAUAACUAACACUAGCCCUUAAUGUACGUUUGAAGUGGUGUUGGUGUAAAAGAGCAAAGCUUAUGAAAUGCCAUUUGUAUAAAAUGUUUUGGUUGAACUAGUCACAAUCAAUAGCGGUCGUUUAUAUAGAUGUCUACGAAGGAGAAUGGAUAUUAGCCAAGACAAACACUUUUUAAGCCGGGUUCUCUAUUUUGGGCUCACGGCGCCAAAUUGGCAUCCGUUGUUUCAGCGCAUUAAGCCUAGCAAUGUGCAACAUGGGGCAUGUGAAGUGCGUGUCCUCUUAAACACAGUAUUAAUGACUUGUCAGGGACUUCGCGUAGUUAUGUAUGCCUUGUUUUGUUUGUGUUCUCUUCACUGUGUUUAUGUGUUCGAUGCAUUGUUUUAUUUUUGUCAUGCUUAUAUAUUUUGUCAAAAUAGAAUGUGUUAUUUUCACUAUAAAGUGCAGAUGUUUUAAAUGCUGUUAUAUAAGCGCUAUACACAAUAAGCCCGCGCCGGUUAAGUGUGCCAAUAUAUUUAAGUAAAAUGAUAGUUGUAUUGUUUUACAAUGAUAAUACAACUUUGCACAUUAAAAUACAAACAUAUUGCUG